UCUCUAUCUGUCCUUUUAAAUACCAUACCUUUUUUCCACACCCAAAUAUCACUUGGACAAGAAAAAAACACUCUCACACACACCACCAAAAUCCAACCAAACCAAUCAAUCAAACUCCAUUUUCUUUUAUAGCUUUUUUCUUCUUACCAUCUUUCUUCACUCCUCGUGCGCAAAAUCCAUCCUUGUAGCUGCCUUUGUCUACUAAUUAAUUCCUAUUGGUACCAUCACACUAAAAAGUUUUCAAGAUCAAAUUCUAGCAAGGAACGAUAACCAAGUUUAUAGAUCAAGAAAUAUAAACCAAAAAGAAAUGCUUAUAUUGAUUUGUUCAUAAUCAACAUGAUACGUUAAAGCUUCUUCCUACGGAUAAAAAAGAGAAUAAAUUUUCUGACAGAUAUGGCAACGUACUUUCAUGGAAGUAGCAACGCUUCUGACAUCCAACCGUCGGCAGAAGGUAUGCAGACACUUUACCUUAUGAAUCCAAACUACGUAGUACCGUACUCUGAGGAAGCGCAAAAUCCAACACAAAACAUGCUUUUCGCUAAUCCCAACGCUACCACAAACACUCCUCCUUCACCUCACGCGCUUAAUGCUUUCAAAUUUCCCCACGCGCCUUCUUCACACAAUCAACACAACCUAGUUGGAUUUAACUUCCAUGGAUCCAACUCCACCGACAGUUCAACACAGCCGUACCAAGCUUCCGGAUUCCACUCCUUCGCCUCCUCCGCGGCCGACACACCUCAUCCUCCUCAUCCCCAGUAUAACACAUGGGGAUCAGGUAGUUUCGUAUUACCUGACCAAACUGUCACGGCGGUGACAGCAACUAACAGAUCAGAAAACGUUACUGUUGCCGCAGUGACAACAUCUGACGCGACAGAAUUUUCGCCGCCACAAAUAGCUUAUCAUCAUCGGCCAGUUUUUCAGCGCGGUUUGUCUCUCAGUCUUUCUUCGCAACAACCGCCUUACCGGUCAUUUUCUGGCAAGGUUGAGGCAUCUCGUGGCAGCGGUGUUGUUUUCGGGUCGAAGUAUUUAAAAGUAGCACAAGAGCUUCUUGAUGAAGUUGUGAAUGUGGAUAAGGGAAUCAUCAAUGGAGAAUCUGUUGAAGGAGAGAAUACUAACAAUAAUGAUAGAGAAAAGCGAAAAGCGAAUAUUGAAUCGAGUUCAAGUGGUGCAAGAGAAAACGAUGGAGGGAAACAAGUUGCUGAGUUAAGCACUGCACAGAGACAAGAACUUCAAAUGAAGAAGUCAAAGCUUGUUAACAUGCUGGAUGAGGUAGAACUAAGGUACAAACAAUACCACCAUCAAAUGCAUAGUGUGAUAUCAUCAUUUGAAUCCGCUACAGGUUACGGAGCCGCAAAAUCUUAUACAUCCCUUGCCUUGAAGACAAUCUCAAAGCAAUUUCGAAGUCUAAAAGAUGCAAUCGCAUCCCAAAUCAAGACAACUAGCAAGAGUUUGGGCGAAGAUGAUUGCUUAGGAGUUAAGUUAGAAGGCUCUAGGCUUAGGUAUGUCGAUCAUCAUCUCCGACAACAACGCGCAUUACAGCAACUUGGAAUGAUUCAGAAUAAUGCUUGGAGACCACAAAGAGGAUUGCCUGAACGAGCUGUUUCGGUUCUUCGUGCUUGGCUUUUCGAGCAUUUCUUGCACCCAUAUCCUAAGGACUCUGAUAAGGUUAUGCUUGCAAGACAAACAGGACUUACUCGGAGUCAGGUGUCUAACUGGUUUAUAAACGCCCGAGUUCGGCUGUGGAAACCAAUGGUUGAAGAAAUGUACAUGGAAGAAAUAAAGGAACAAGAGGAAAAAAAUGGAUCCAAGGAUAACGUCACAAAUACAUCAAAAGAAUCAAGCAAAGAGUUAUGGUCAUCAACAAAUGCUACACAAGAAUCAAGUGCUACAAAAAUCGACCAAAUCAACGUGCUUAAUUCGAAAACAGAAACCUUCAACAACAACCAAAACACUUCUCCAACUGAGAUUUCAAAUUCCAACAACUCAAUCUCAGUGUCACCAAUGGAAAUGAAGUCUAACACAGAAUCCAACACAAAGUUUGACAAAAAUGGUUACCCUCUAUUGAGUGAAAAUGAAAACCAUGGUGGUGGUUAUGGAUCAAUAUUCUCAAUGGAAGAUAUUGGAAGGUAUAAUGUAAGUGAGCAACUAGCUCCUAGAUUCCAUGGAAAUGGUGUUUCUCUAUCUCUUGGACUACCACAUAAUGAAAAUCUCCCUCUCUCUUCAACCCAACAUGGAUUUCUCUCUCAUAUGGGAGGGAGGAUUGAAAUGAGAGAGAAUGAAAAUGAGUUUUGUGGCAUUAACACUACUACUCCUUCUUCUCAUUCUGGCACAAGUUAUGAGAGUGUUGAUAUUCAAAACAAAAAAAGGUUUGCUACACAGUUAUUACGUAACUUUGCGAACUAGAAAUCAUGAUGUGCUAUAAUGAUUUUGAUAAGCCUGUCAACAUAGUGUAUAGUUAAGAUUCAAGUUGAUUUUGAGAAGAUAUAUGUGUUGUAUAUGGUAUUGGAAAAAUAAAUAGGUAUGUAUAGGAGUUGAAUGUGUUGUUUGGAUUUAUCUAUGAUUAAAUACAUUUAUGCGUUAAUGUGUAAGAUUGAUAUUUCCUACAUGCAUGUAAGUUUUGAUUCUCGUACGGUUUGAAAUGGAGUGGAAAUCAUGAAAGCUAUAAAGAUGUACACACUUUUUGAAUGCUUUCAUUAGAUCAUGGGGUUUGGAUGGAAUUUAUAUAUUACUUAU